ACCCCCGAGCGCCCCGAGAGCCCCCGGUGAGCGCGACCCCGCCUCGCCAACCCCCAAAUUGAUGGGAAUUCCAGUCUCCAUGAAUUAUGGUUCAUCCUCGCACCGGAAAUGUAGCGAUCACGGUGGUACUAAUACACUUUGUGUUAGGCAGCACAUCAGUCCCUCCAAACGCAGAUAUUUCCAUUGAAGAUCAGAAACCAAAUGAUGCCAAAGAGGAGGACAGUGGAAGAACAGAAGGCAGGCUUCAACCAAAUGAUGCCAAAGAGGAGGACAACGGAAGGACAGAAGGCAGGCUUCAACCUCGAGAAGCCACGGAUCCCUCCCAAGCUACUUACGACAACUUCGGCAACACUGUUUCAUACAUGAAUUUCUUCCAAAAGGCAGGAUUUCUAGGAGAACAGCAAGAAGGCUCCGACUCCUUCAAGAAGAGUCCGUUCCUCAAACGGUUCCGGGACUUCUUGUCUCAAGAAGUAAACAGGGAACUAGCGCCAUCAGAGUCCAUUCAUGACGACUAUGUCGACCUUUCAUCGAACUCAACCCAUGAAUUAAACCAAAGCUCACUUGUGCCAUCAAAUGCAACUUUCCAAAAUUCUAGUGACCUGUUGAAUCUUAAAGACCCAGACCCGAAAGAAUCAUCCGUCAUUGAACUAAAGUUGCACAGAGCCAUCGAAGAAAAUGCUGAUCAAAACGAUUCAUCGAGUAGCGUAGCCGCGGUUAGCACCCAGGAGAAACAAAACAGAACCGAUGAAGAGGAUACUUUUGCCGGCACUCAGCCAGAGGCAAACGUAACAUUAGAUGUCUUGCAAAUCGACAAUUUUGUCGAAAACGAAACCCAGAAAAGUCCGUCCAGCGAGCCGAACCCUGUCGAUUUACAAGCCGCAGCAGAUUCAUCUUCCGAUUUUCCGAAAGUGCAAGCUCUCAACAGUGCGGGUGUCAAACAAAAUCGAACUGAAGAAACUUCCGACGCAAACGUGGCAGCGUCCUCCUCUGAGUUUCUCAAGCUCCAAAGAGCUAUCGAUGAGGAGACCAAACGCCUUCAAUCAAAAGCGAAAACCUCCGGAAAGCUCGCUUUUGGUGAUAAAAUGGACCGGAGCCACAAGAAAGACACGAACUCCGACAUAGAAUACCCCUCCAGCGAUGACGAUUAUCCAGACAUCAAAGACAUCCCCUCCCACAACGAGGUCCCUUCUUACGAGGCCCUCCAGAAGACAUACAACGAGGACGGCUACCUAACACCGGCCCCCAGUCGUGCGACUAGCUCCUUCGGCAUCGAGAAAUACCACAUCCCCAAAACGCAAGCAAACUACCCGUUGAGCGGAAGUGAAUCGUUCAACAACUUUGAAUACCCCUCCCUGAAGCAACGAGUCUACAGCGCUCACCCUUACACCCCAACAACGAGAUCAAAACACGGUGCCCCACAAGUGAACGAGGACCCGGAGGAAUAUCCCCAGUACGGCGAUCCGUCGGAUUUCAUAGGUAUCGGGCAAUACCCGUCCGAUUACGUCAUACAUAGUGCAGAAGAACCAGAGGCUGAUUAUUACGACGAUGAGAAGAGUCCACCUCCGACUGGCUACUACCCUUACUUCACGCCGCAGAAGAAGAAGAAACCCUCGGAUGAAGACGAUUACGAUUUCGGAGACGGGGACGACGAGGACGAAGACGGCGAGAAGAAGGACAAAGACGAAUACUACGACGAAGGAGAAGGAGAGCCGGACGCUGACUACACGAACGUCCAACCGACGAUCAAAGCCUUAGAUUCGGAGACGAAGGAAUCCAAGUCGAUCUCGUCCAAGCGGAAACCGGACAAAGACAAGAAAAAAGAAAAGAAAUCGACGAAGAAGAUCCUGAAGGCAGCCCCGAUGCUAUUACCCGCUCUGCCGAUCAUGGCUGCCAUGGCCAGACCAUCCAGUCCGAUAAAGCACUGCACGCUCAAGAAUAAAACCGUCGAGCCCGCGCGGAACGAAAGUUCGAACGCGACAAAGCAGGCUUCCUACUGCUACACGUGUAUCAAUUUUGCGAACGGCGAGAAGACGGAGCAAUGCGUGAACAAAACGCUCGGAAAGCCCGAAGAUGUUCUAUCGACUACCCCGAGUGAGAAAAAAGAUGACGCCAAGGUCCGCGUGGCUCGGCAAGUGAUCGUGAGGAGGUGGAUGCCUCAGAUGGAGGUCUACCCGCGUGAAACGAGGCGUAGAGCACCCCGGCGGGACGAGGUCGAUGCCGUGGAUUUCGACUUCGAGCAUCAUGGUGAGGACAUAGAGAACGAUGACCUUGAUUUCUUCUCGGACGAGGACGGAGAAGCUGGCUCGGAUGUUGAUGAGUAUCUGCCCCCAGCAGAGAGUCUCCGGGAGAUGGACGACGGCUCGUGUAAGAAAGUCCGCAAGAACGGACUCAACUGUCUCGUUUGCGAGAAAGCCAAUUCCGCCGGGACGUUCGAGCAGUGCUCUUACGAGUCGGACCCGAAAGAGAACGCCUACGAGUAUUCGACCAAAGAGACUUACGGCUCGAAGAAUAGGCCCUCGGAGAGGUACCGACGUUCCCGAGUCAAGAAAGACAUCAAUCUCAGGAACAGUCCGUUCGACUCGGGGCUUUUGCCCAAAGGUCCGUCCAUCGGACGAGGCAAGAUCGACCUCUUGGGAAGGAACAACGGUUUCAAGUCGGACUUGGGGAAGUCGUAUUCCCUAAGCGGGAGCUCGGAUGACGAUUUUUCCAGUAGCGUCUUCCCGGACGUGAAAGUUCCUGGUUUAGGAGGCGGCAAGUCCAACCAUUUUUCGAAUGAAUUCUCGUCCGACCUCGAUGCUGCCAUCAAACCUGAGUCCGAUUUCCUUCCCGGAUUCGCAUCUAAGUCUUCGUUGAACUCCGGAGGAGGUCUGUUCAAAAAACAAAGACCGUCGCUGUUUGAUAACCGACCACAGUUGAGGCUCAAACCGGAGAAGAACUCCUACGACAGCCUCCUCGGAGACUUCACCGCCAAGGACCGAUCCCACUGUAAGAAAGAGAUCAAGGAUGGGUCCACAUGUUACUAUUGCACCGACGACGAAGGGUCAGAACAUGAGGAGUGUAUGUACGUGAAGAAGUCUCAACCGGAGAACAAGGAGGUCAAGUACCACCAGUCGAAGGAAGUCAAGACGCCGCUGCGGGGACACAAAGCGGCGGACAAAUUCGACGAGAUAUUGAACUCGAACACCGCCCACAACCCGGUUUACAGGCAGAAUGACGAGGGAAUGGACUCUGUCGAGGACUUUGAAGAGGAUGUAGAGUCGACUUACGCCAAACACGAAGCUGCGAGUCCCGGCUUUUACCACGAGGGGUCUCCGGCUAUGUCGACAGUCAGUCGGACGGACUUCAAGGGCGAUGAGAGUCCGACGGGAUAUAGGUAUAAUACCCAGCAUACAACAUCGCCGAAUGGCCGAGAGGAUAGUGUUCCCACUCAAAAGCCAUCCAGCCGUUUAAGUUACGGAAUGUUGGACUAUCCAACGAAACCACCGCCCGCGCCGGUCGACGCGGAUGAGGAUUUGGACAAUCUGGAGCCCGGCGUCGGGGGCGGGGACACAGAGCCUCUGGGGGAGAAUUCCAGCAACAACCUCCGCCACCACGAGGCACGAAGUGAUGAUGAUGUUCAGCUUGUGUACGACAACCGGUUCAAGAUGACCUUGCCCAAGUUCAUGGUUGAGAAGACGGAGCAGGAGGAUGAGUUUGAUAGUACUUACACGAAAAUGCUGAAGAACAUUGAUAAAAUGUGAUUUGGUUCAAACUGGUUGGAUUUUAAUGGCGGCGGCCUCUCGCCGCGCCGCCAUAGUGGCUCGAGUCAAUAGAAGAGGUCGGACAAAAUUUGAAAACUUUAAAAGCUUAUAACUCCGUUUAUAUACAAUUUUGAAGUUCCAACAGUAGUUCCAUUGGUUUUCUUACAAAAUUUUCAU